AGGGAAUCGAACACUCGGCGCGAGCAGAGUUACCGCGGCGACUCCGAUUUUCUUCAGGUACUCAGGUGCGCAGGCAGGCAGGGGCAGCCGAGGCAACCGUCAUACUCCUUCCGCACGCGUGUGUUUGUGCCGAGGAAGCAUAUUAUAGCGUGCAGCGUAGUCGCCGCUCGACCUCCUUCAAGUCAACACACUCGCAAUCAGCUGCUGUGGCCGGCAUGACGAUGAGCCCAGUUUCCGUGCUGCUACUGGCCGUCGGCCUCUGCGCCCUGGUACCCAUUUCGGAGCAGCAGACGUCGCUCAAUAGGAACAGCAAGGAGAUAACCAGGACGGAAGUCGCGCGCCAGAACAGAAUCACACAGCAAAUUCUGGCGCAGUACCUGCAGAAAAAGUUGUUCCCGCACUUGACGCCGGUGACGACCGAAGCGCCGCCGGUCGCCGGCAAUUCGGCCGAGCAGGACACAGGCGAGGCGCUCGACUCAGAUGAAUCCGAGCAAAUCAGCUCACACGUUUCCUACGACGACGAAGAAGGGAACGACUGCUCCAACUGCGUGGACGACAGUUUGGGGUCAAACACCAUCAACAGGUGGACGAUGCCGCUGCUGAAACUUGGCGAAAAGAGAUACUACCUUGGUAUUUUCUUCAAGGCCAAUUGGUACAAAGCGAACCGCUACUGCCGCUACCACGGCAUGCAACUCGCCUCCAUCGACAACGAGGAGGAGAACAAAUUCCUGCAGGAGACGAUUGCCUCUCAAGGUUUUGGCUUGGAGCACUUUUGGACGUCGGGCACCGACCAGGGUGAGGAGGGUCACUUCUUCUGGAUGUCGACUGGCCGACCGCUGACAUUCACCAACUGGAACGCAGGCGAGCCCAACAACUUCCGCUACGAGAACGGCGAGGAAGAGCACUGUCUGGAGCUGUGGAACAGGGACGGCAAGGGGCUCAAGUGGAACGACACGCCGUGCUCCUUCGAGACCUACUUCGUCUGUGAAGUGAACUGAACUGAACUCCUCACGCAGACAAUAAAACUAAUCCCGUCCACGAGUAGGUUUUGAUGGAAAAAGCCGGGCUUCUCCCGAACGAAACGAAUAAUUCCAAACUAAGAUGGAGACUGUGUAAAUGUAAACGUAGAGCAACAGUAUUCAUUUUAAUUCCUGGGCCGACUCGAAUAAUUGUAAUUUAAUGGCAUUUCCAUUGUGAUUUUUAACAGUUGCGUUCGUUCAUAUGAUUAGCCAGUACGACUCCCUUCAUUUUCUAAUUUGAACCUCAGUUUAAGCUUCCUCAGCUGAUGUUUAUAACCUUGUCAGUGCCAUUCUAUUCCUCAACAAGUAAUUUAAUAUUAUAUAUUAUUUUUACAGAUUUCGCUUGCGAUUUCUUAACAAUCGCAAUUUUACUGUCCUUUUAAUUUCAACAAGCGAUUUUAUUACCUUGGAAUUGGAUGGCCUUUUUGCUGUUUAUCUGUUUUUGUUGUAAAUAUAGAAAUUUGAGAAGAUAUGAACUUAUUUCUGUGUAAAUAUAUGGAAUUAUUUCUGAAAUAAAAUUAUCCUCAGACUUA